AUGGACAGCAGAACCGCUGGUCAGACUUCUCAUUUCAAACCGCUACGAUUCGAGGUCAUACCUGAUGAAAAACCCGGUCUGAGCUGGACUCGUACGAGGCCUGCAAUCACAAUCCAAGACUCGGAUGGACCGCUCACGAUAUGGCAAGAGGGGAAUAGCUUCAUUGAGGUCGACGCCUACGACGAUCGAGAUCCAGGUGACUUCCGGAACGUAGCUCAAUGGAACAAGGUCCACGAGCACGCAGCCGAGGUGAUGCACUACCGCGCACGCCGCUUCCUCGUCGCUCUCUGCGUAUUCGGCGACAACGCCCGUUUCUUCCGGUGGGACCGGUCUACGGUAAUAGUAUCUGACUCUUUCAAAUACAAGGAGGACCCUGCGCCGCUGAUCGAGUUUCUGACCUGCUUCGGCGUGUACGACGAUGGAUACGGAUUCGAUGAUACCUCCAGCACAAAGAUUACCAGUAGCCUGGAGCUCGCAAGGGCAGAGAGGCAGUACCAGCUCGCGAAGAAACUUCUGGUGUACCCUGAGUGUGGAGACCCCAAGAAGGAUGCCCGCUGGCUGGGCACGUCAAGGAAGAUCCGGACUCCGAAGCCAUAUCGGCGUGGGUGGGAAGACUUUACCACGCUGGGACCUGCGAUGGCGGCGAACACACGUUUGAUCGGAUGUGGUUCGCGCGUAUGGCUGGCGAGUCUCCCCUCUUACCGCAAGUACGUGAUCAUCAAGGACAGCUGGCGCGACAGCACGCGCUGGUGCGAAGGUGAUAUAUAUCGUCGGAUAUACGGGAAGGAUAAGCGCGUCUUCGGGGUUGCGCGUCUGUACCACUACUUCGAUGUGGAGGACGUCAACAGCGGGGAAGUGAUUGUAACUCAGGGCGAAGCGCUCAACGAGAAGCUGAAGAGGGACAAGUACGAUGAGAGGACGCUCCAUCGCUGCAUCCUUGCUUCCGUCGGCAUUCCGCUGAGCCGAUUCACGUCGACGCGGCAGCUACUAGAAGCAGUCCGGGAUGCCAUCAUCGGCCACAAGAACAUGUGGGAAAGGGGCGUGCUUCACCGUGACAUCAGCCUACACAACAUCUUGAUAAGCUUGUACCCGAAACAAGAGGGCGGUGCGAAAGGGUUCCUCAUAGAUCCCGAGUACGCAGUCAUACAGGGCGAGCCCGGUUACGACCAAGACGUGCUCAACGUCUGCGGCACGCCAAUGUUCAUGUCAAUCGACCGCCAGCCCGAAGUGACGAGCGGGGGCCCGCACGAGCCCUGGCACGACGUCGAGUCCUUCUACUGGCUGCUCGUCUACGUCCUCGCCGCUGAGGGCCGCUUAGUCAUCCAUGAGUACCGGUGGCCUUGCACGCUGGAGAAGGACGAAGUCCAGCCCUCCCGGCGGUUUGUCUGGAAGCACGUCCGCUACAUCACUGUUGACGAACAUGAGCCACUGACGAAGUGCAUGACGGCCCUGGCGAAGCUCGUAGAGCAGCAGUACUGGGGCAGUCUGGAUCAGGGUAAGCAGCCGAGAGAGAUGGGUGCAAUAACACACGAGGCGUUCUUGGAUGCGAUUAACAAGGCUCUAGACGCGGAGGGGUGGCCCGAGGGGGACGCUUCCAUCGUCGCGAAGGCAUACCUACACGCUGCCGGGGUGCCCAAGCGGCCAGCAACGAAGCGCAAAGCGAGGGUCGAGGCAGCGAACGCGCCGCCACUGAAGCGCGCACGCCCAGCUCCUGCGAGAAAAGGUGUGAAGGCGAAGUCGAAGACGGGUGGGACGCGACGAACGCGUGGCCGUACAGCAUAG